AUGGCCACCAAUUGUUCAUCAAUUCCGGACACGGAUAUUACCACUAACAGCAACAACCGUUCUCGUUCCGUUUCUGUGGAUGGAUCUGAGUAUUCUGAUUCUAAUGAUACCAUGUCUACUCCCCCUUCGGACACUGACGAGACAAACAAAAAAUCACUUAAAAAUGACCCACAAUCCGACAAUAAACGCUCCAUCCGCAUGCUACCAAUUCUGAUCCAAACAACCACUGACCAUCCAUGGCGGAAAAUAGCAAAAGCCAUGUACGCAAAAACUCAAGGUCUCGACCAAGUGACCGCAAAAACUACAUCGAUUCCGUUACAAAUCCAAAUAAACUGCCCUGAAGAAUCCUCAUUCAGACUCGUCCAACAAUUCAUGACCAUCAACAAAAUCAGCUUCCACACUUUUGCAUUACCCAAAGAACAAUCUCUCAAUAUUGUAAUUAAAGGUGUUCCACUUGACGUUACUGACGAUGAACUCAUGGAAGAACUUCUAGAGGAAGGUUUCAAACCAAAUUUUGUCCGAGCUUUUGUAAAAAAUGAUAAAAGACUUCCAAUCCAUCCACAUGGUCUCCCUAAAACGCACAGAAAAUGUGAAAGAAAUAUUUGA